ACGGUUAAUACCAGAAUCGGAUUUGAUCACAGUGGGUGUGCCUUCUUAUUCUUUUUGGCGUCCCCUCUCUUGAAGUAGAUCGCGCACAACCUAUUAAGAAGAGGCACGAGCUCCGGGAGUGCCAUGUGGUCACUCGGCUCGCGCUCCCGUCACCACGCACGAGAGCUGAGUGGGAUGGAAACUCUAAAGCUGUUUUGAGAGGAGAGACUCUAUCCAGCCUUGCAGUUCUCAUCACGCAGUACAGACGGACGUUUUGUCCUUGUUUUAGGCCUGUUCAUUUGACGCAAACACACUCGCUCAUUCGACUUCGUCUCCUGAUAAAAAGACUUCCAGGAAUGGAGUCGAUACCAAGUCAGCUUUCUACGGGACGAGAUGUUUGCUCUUCCCCCACCUCAAAGCAAGAACUGCAGCCUUAUUCUAGCAGCAGCUCGCUAAAGCCAAAUCAAGUGAGUGAGACUGUGCUGUACGGAGUGCCCAUCGUCUCUUUGGUCAUCGACGGUCAGGAGAGGCUGUGUCUGGCGCAGAUUUCCAACACUUUAUUGAAGAACUACAGCUACAACGAAAUCCACAACAGACGCGUGGCGCUUGGAAUUACGUGUGUGCAGUGCACACCAGUGCAGCUGGAGAUCCUAAGACGCGCAGGGGCAAUGCCCAUCUCCUCGCGCCGCUGUGGCAUGAUCACCAAACGCGAGGCCGAGCGCCUCUGCAAAUCCUUCCUCGGUGCUCACAACCCUCCAAAAUUACCCGAGAAUUUUGCAUUCGAUGUUUCACACGAGUGCGCCUGGGGCAGCCGAGGAAGCUUCAUACCUGCGAGGUACAACAGCUCCAGGGCAAAAUGCAUCAAGUGCACCUAUUGCAAUAUGUAUUUUUCACCCAACAAAUUUAUAUUUCAUUCGCACCGCACACCUGAGUCUAAAUACACACAGCCGGACGCGGCCAAUUUCAAUUCAUGGAGACGCCAUCUAAAACUCGCAGACAAAAGCUUGUCUGAAGACAUUUGUCACGCGUGGGAGGACGUCAAGGCCAUGUUUAACGGCGGUAGCCGGAAACGGGCAAUGCCAGGGCAUGGAUCAGAAAUAUCCUCCCAUCUUAAACCGCAGGCCUCCGGAAACAUCACGCAGACCGCUUCCCCUGAUAUUCCUCACAAAACUUUGCGCUGCGACGACGACCGUGGGAACCUCAGCAUAACCAGCAGCGUGCGUAACUACCCGGUUAUCCCUGUGCCUAGUAAGAGUUUCGGCAUGCUUCAGAAGAUCCCACCACCCAUCUUCCCGCAUCCAUAUAGUUUCCCAGCAUUUGGACUGUGUCAAAAGAAGGAUGAUGGAGUUGGUGAACAAAAUAAGACCAGUGUACCUGGUGUGUUUUGGCCCGGUGCGAAGGACGGUAUCUAUCCAUCGUUCCCCAUGUUUUGGCCUACCGCGGGCAGCCUGCCGCUCUCAUCCUAUCAACCAGCACAACCAAAAUCACACACGGAGCUCAUGGGUGGCCGGCACACCGAGACCGACAUGUCAGAAAGUGAGCGGGGAGGAAACACACCUAGAGACAGUCUGUUCGACAGCGAGCGCUGCUCCAGUUCGCAGUCCCUCAGGAACGACGAGGACAAGUCUGGGGACGAGGCCAGGUCAAGUGAGGGUCAACCCAGCACCCCCAGAAAGCUGAGCUAUAUUUCUGCGUUCAGACCUGUCGUUAAAGACGCAGAGAGCAUAGCUAAGCUCUACGGGAACAGGGACGCGUACAGCGGAGCUCAUCCUGGCCGUUUGUCGCCAGACUUUGUGAGUGAGAGCUCCAGCUACAGAUCAGCCUCUCCGUGUGUGGACAGCGGGGAAGAUCCAGAUGUCGACGUGGAGACUCACAGAAUUGCGGAGGAUGAGGAGUCUAUACAACUUUCCGUGGAUGAUAGACAAAGUCCCGUGAGGGAAAACAGUCAAACGCCGCAGCCGGACGAUGACCACAUAGCCACUUUUAGUGACGCAGGCUCCCCUGAUCAGAAGCAGAACAAGGAGGUGGCAAAGAAAAAUGAUGCCAUCGCUUACGAAGUGUACUUACAUGAAAAGGAGGGAGCAUCUCUUCAGAGCACACUGCCCUCCAAACCCCCUCACUGCGCACCGGAAACAAACGAUUCACACAUUUCUAUCAACAGUCCUACUGACGACGAAUGUGAAUCACAAAAAUCCUGUUCGGAUGAAAUUAGCGUUUGCACAGAGCACCCAAGCGACGCUACAUUUAGAAGUACUGCUAACAGAUUUAAUUUCGAGAAAAACAUCGAGAAUAUGGCGAAAGAGGAGCUCCAAAAGCAGCUCUUGGAGCAAGUGGAGCUAAGAAAAAAACUGGAACGGGAAUUUCAAAGUUUGAAAGAUAAUUUUCAGGAUCAAAUGAAGAGGGAACUGUCUUAUCGAGAGGAGAUGGUCCAGCAGCUGCAGAUUGUACGAGACACAUUGUGCAAGGAGUUGGAUCAGGAGAGAAAGGCUCGUUAUGCAAUUCAGCAGAAGCUUAAAGAAGCUCACGACGCUCUUCACCAUUUCUCCUGCAAAAUGCUCACUCCACGCCACUGCACAGGGACCUGCACAUACAAGCCACCCCUCUUACCACCUUAACUUAAAGCUGCAUCCCAGGAUCCCAGUGACAUCUGUAAACCUCCCCUAAAGGAAUUCUCCACUUACACUCAGUUUGAGAGGUUCAAGUUACACACACCGAGCACUGAGGCCUGAGGACUGCUGAAUCACUAUCCAUCCCAAGUAGGCUAUUCACUGGCAUUUGAACAUUCCACUGCGGAUGAAAGUGUCUAGGAUUACUUUAUGAAAACAGUAAAAGAAGCCAGAGGAUGACAAUAAACAUUCUAAUAAUUAUGCUGUUACUUGUGUAAAUAAGCUGAUUUUUUUUAAAACAAUACAAAUACAUAAUAUGUGGCAAUGUGCAAUGAACUGUAUAAUGUGAAAUUUCAUAAACUGGAAUUGUUGAUUAUUAUUAUUCUUAUUAUUUAUGUAUUUAUGUGUUUUUACAUGUAUUUGUUUUUUCCUCUAAAUGAAUUCACUGAUGUGCUAUCCCAAAUUAAUUGUGUAUCGUCUAUUUUAAGCACUUUAAAUAAGCAACACUUCAGACCUAUCUAUCCGAAAUUAAUCAACACAAAAAUGAUUGAAAAUCAGUUGUACUUUAUAUUAAUGUACAACAAACCCAAUUUUGAACAAGCACUUAUGCCAUAUUUCCCAAAUAAACAAUUGAGAAUACCACAAAAGUUGUUAUUCCACAUGAAAGUGCUCAAUGUCAUAAGACCUCUGGAGUCUCUCUCUCGUUUUCCAAAAAUAAUAUUAUCUCUUGUCUUAUUCUUCAAUAAAAGUUCAAUUAAAGCCACAA